AUAAAACCGUGGGCCGAACGCGAAAUGCCCAUCAGUUUGACUUGUAAUUUAUUUCCGUUGAAACUUACACAACGAACAGUUCUGAUUUCGCAGAAAUCAACUCUCUUUUUAAGGCAGCGGAAAUUGGCCGGUUUUAUUUCUUCAUCGUUUCUUUUGCUGGAUAAUGGCGGGAUCGGAAAAUGAGAUGAAGAGCAAGAGUGUGAGAAAGCGGCAUAAAUGUGUUAUAAUCGGUGCUGUCAUUGCUCUUGUUGUUGCUUUAGCUACGGCUUCAAUUACUACGCCUAAGAUCUCUCUCUUUCGACUCACCAAUGGGUAUUGUGGCUGCUGUAAGAGCUUGUUGUCUGCGCAGAAGUAUAGCGGGAUCGUGGAUGAUUGUUGUUGCGACUAUGAGACAGUAAAUCGUCUCAAUGAAGAAAUUUUGUAUCCAUCUCUCCAAGACCUUGUAAAAACAACUUUUUUCCGAUAUUUCAAGGUUAAGUUGUGGUGUGAUUGCCCUUUCUGGCCUGAUGAUGGCAUGUGCCGCUUGAGAGAUUGCAGUGUAUGUGAAUGCCCAGAAAGUGAAUUUCCUGAAUCAUUCAGGAUACCCUUCCUUCGAGGCCUUCCAUCGGAUGACCUUCUGUGUCAAGAAGGAAAGCCACAGGCUGCUGUUGAUCGCACGCUGGACAGUAAAGCAUUUAGGGGCUGGACAGAAAUUGAUAACCCCUGGACAAAUGAUGAUGAGACUGAUAAUGCUGAAAUGACCUAUGUGAAUCUUCAACUGAAUCCUGAACGCUAUACUGGCUACAGUGGUCCAUCAGCUAGAAGAAUAUGGGAUGCUAUUUACUUAGAGAAUUGUGCCAAAUAUCCAUCUGAAGAGUUGUGUCAUGAGGAAAGGAUUUUGUACAAAAUGAUAUCUGGUCUUCACUCCUCUAUUUCAAUCCAUAUAGCUGCUGAUUAUCUACUUGAUGAAUCUAGAAACUUGUGGGGCCAAAAUCUCACGUUGAUGUAUGAUCGGGUCUUAAGGUAUCCUGAUCGUGUUAGAAACUUGUACUUCACGUUCCUCUUUGUUCUUCGAGCUGUGACAAAGGCGGCAGAGUACUUGGAACAAGCUGAAUAUGACACAGGACACCCUACCGAGGACCUCAAGACACAUUCCUUGAUAAGGCAACUGCUGUUUAAUCCAAAACUUCAAGCAGCAUGCCCAGUCCCAUUUGAUGAAGCCAAGUUAUGGAAAGGUCAACGUGGUCCUGAACUGAAACAGCAGAUUCAAGGACAAUUCAGAAAUAUAAGUGCAUUGAUGGACUGUGUGGGCUGUGAGAAGUGCCGACUCUGGGGAAAACUUCAAAUUCUAGGUCUCGGCACUGCACUGAAAAUCCUCUUCUCUGUUAAUGGCCAGGAGCAUUUGGGUCAGACUUUGCAGCUACAACGGAAUGAAGUGAUUGCGCUGAUUAAUCUACUCCAUCGACUAUCAGAAUCAGUCAAGCUUGUCCAUGAAAUGGGACCUGCAGUCGAAAUGACGAUGGCGCCUUCUGCUCCAAGACGCAUAUGGCAAAGAAUGCAGGCAUCAUUAUUUAAAUCAUAGCAAAUCUCAACUCAUUGAUGAGGAUUCAACAUUCAAGCAGAAAAUAGUAGCAGAGAAUAGAUUAGGGAACUGUGUUCCAUGUUAAAAAGAAAGGAAAAGAAAACGAUGCUGUAUACUGUAUGCAACAAACAUGUAGAAACAAGAGUAAUCUAAGAAAUUUAAAGAUGAAAAUUGUAUUUAUUUUCUCUUUGCAACCUCAGGAUGAUGGUGUCUGCCAAUGUUUGAACAUUUUGAAAUACACAUGCAAAAUGAAUAUGAGAAGAACUGUAAUUAGUUAUGUUACAA